GCGCCGCGGCCCCGAUCAGGAAGUGAAUGUGACGGAAACUGUGGAGGUAUAGGAUGCCAUAGAGGGGGGAGAGGUGGGAGAGAAACCGAGCGGAGGAAUAAUAAGAGACCGGAUCGGAAGGAUCGUUGCGCCGCGUCUGGGACCGUUUUGGUGCUGCUCACUGGGACAUCACACCAGGAAAAACCAGGGGGAAAAAUGCUCAUAAAGGAAUACCGAGUGAUUCUUCCCAUCUCCGUGGAAGAGUACCAGGUCGGCCAGCUGUACUCUGUGGCCGAAGCCAGUAAGAAUGAGACGGGUGGAGGUGAAGGAGUGGAGGUGCUAAAAAAUGAACCCUACGAGAAGGACGGAGAGAAGGGGCAGUACACACACAAAAUCUACCAUUUGCAAAGUAAAGUGCCGUCAUUUGUCCGAAUGUUGGCUCCGGCUUCAGCUCUCAACAUCCACGAGAAAGCCUGGAACGCAUAUCCAUACUGUCGCACAGUCAUCACCAACGAGUAUAUGAAAGAUAACUUCCUGAUCAAGAUCGAGACGUGGCACAAACCCGACCUGGGACACCAGGAAAAUGUACACGGCCUGGACGCAGAGACCUGGAAGAAGGUGGACGUCGUCUACAUCGACAUUGCAGACAGACACCAAGUGGAGCCGAAGGACUACAAACCCGAGGAGGAUCCCUGCCGGUACAAGUCGGUGAAGACCGGACGAGGGCCCCUGGGAACCGACUGGAAGAAAGAGCUUCCCAACAAGAAAGACUGCCCACACAUGUGUGCCUACAAACUGGUGACGGUCAAGUUCAAGUGGUGGGGGCUGCAGAACAAGGUGGAGAACUUCAUCCAAAAGCAAGAGAAGCGCCUGUUCACUAACUUCCACCGUCAGCUGUUCUGCUGGAUCGACAAAUGGAUUGAAUUGAACAUGGAGGACAUCCGCCGCAUGGAGGAGGAGACGCGCCGGGAGCUGGACGAGAUGAGAGUAAAGGACCCGGUGAAAGGGAUGGUGGCUCUAGAAGACUGAGGUCGUGUCAGAAUGUGAACGCUGCUGCUCGUCAGACCAGAGAACCAGAUACCAGCGGACUCACAUCCCUCUUAUCUCAACUGACACAACACCUGAGCGACGGCCCACCUCCCUCGGUACUGUCCGGUCUGAGGGCCCCCGGACCCAGUACCCCCCCGAUGUUCAGCCCGUCUCCGCCCCCGCCCCAUCCGUCCAUUAUCUGAUCCCUCCAUCACGUUUGACCAAACCCUCCGAAGCCUCCAGUAGCAACAUCCUCCCUCCUGUUCUCUCUCUGGUUCCCCCUGAAACCCGGAGCGUCGUGUCGUUGACCUCCGCAGCAGGGGGGGCUGGUGUAGAUAUUAUACAGUAUAUAUAUAAAUAUAUAUAUAUAUAUAAUGGGGAGGGGG